CGUUCGCGAGGAUCGAUGUCCACGAUGCGGGGCGUGUUCGUUGGGCGAUCGCUCGUGCCGCUGCUGCUGCUGCUGAUGACACUGCGCUUUAAAUACCAGGCUCAAGCAGCAGCAGCAUCACCAUCAGCAGACUCCGCAGCCUCAGUAGCAGCAACAGCAGUUUCAGUAGCAGCAGCAAAAGUAUCGUCAGCAGCAGCAGCAUUUGUCGCAGCAGUUACAAGAUCAUCAUCAUCAGCAGCAGUAUCAGCAGCAGCAGUAUCAUCAGCAGCAGUAUCAUCAACAGCAACAGUAUCAUCAACAGCAGCAGUAUCAUCAGCAGCAGUAUCAUCAGCAGCAACAGUAUCAUCAACAGCAGCAGUAUCAUCAACAGCAACAGUGUCAUCAACAGCAGUAUCAUCAGCAGCAGCAGUAUCAUCAACAGCAGCAGUCUCAUCAUCAGCAGCAGCAGUCAAAACACCACCACCACCGGCAGCAAUGGACGCAGUGACGGCAGCCAACACGGAGUUCGCCUUGGAUCUCUUCAGGGAUCUGAGCACCACCGCCGGUGCGGGGAACGUCUUCUUCAGUCCGGCCAGCGUGUCGGCAGCCCUCGCCAUGGUGUUGCUGGGUGCCAAGGAGGAGACAGCGGCGCAGAUGAGCAAGUCGCUGCACCUUGACGGAGUGGAGGACGUACACGGGGGCUACCAGUCGCUGCUGGGCGCAUUCAGCUCCACCACGCAGGGCAGCGUGCUGCGCAUGGCCAACCGCCUGUACGGCGAGAAGGGGUACAACUUUCUGCAGGACUUCCUGGACUCCUCCGCCAAGUUCUACCAAGCCGAGCUGGCGGCCGUGAACUUCAAGGAGGCGUCUGAAGAGGCACGCAAAGAGAUCAACGCGUGGGUCGAAGGUCAAACGGAAGGUAAGAUCCAGGACCUCCUGGCGUCGGGAGUGGUGAACUCCCUGACCAGGCUCGUCCUUGUCAACGCCGUCUAUUUCAAGGGGAGCUGGGCCGCCAAGUUCGACCCCGAAGUCACGAGGGACGCGGAGUUUAAAAUUAACAAGAAUGAGAAAAAGCCGGUGAAGAUGAUGUACAAAAAGGCCAAGUAUAAUUUUUCUCACGUGGACGAGUUGAGCGUCAACAUCGUCGAGUUGCCGUACGAGGGAAACAAACUGAGCAUGCUGCUGCUGGUGCCUCUGGCCAUCGAGGACGAGACAACUGGACUUGAGAAGCUGGAGUCGGCGCUGACCCUCAAAUCCCUGAAGGAGUGGACCUCGCCCGAGAACAUGAGCAAGGAGGAGGUGGAGCUGCACCUGCCGCGCUUCCGCCUCGAGAAUUCCUACACGCUCAACGACCACCUGCAGCGCCUGGGCAUGACCUCGAUCUUCACGCAGGGGAAGGCCGACGUCUCGGGCAUCGACGGGACGCGGGACCUCUACGUGUCGCACGUGGCCCACAAGGCCUUCGUCGAGGUCAACGAGGAGGGAACGGAGGCUGCGGCGGCCACCGCGGCGAUCAUGAUGAUGCGCUGCGCCAGGAUGGGCCCCGUCGUCCGCGCGGAUCACCCGUUCAUCUUCUUCAUCCGCGAGAACAGCAGCGGCAGCGUGCUCUUCCUGGGCCGCUUUGCGUCCCCGUGAAAUUGCGUUCGUCGUUGACGCGCGGUGGGGGAUGAGUUCCUGAUUUUUGGAUUUAUACCCUCUGCCCUCCCCCGCCCCCCCCGCUCUCCCCCCACCCCCUGGAGAAAUCUGCAAAUCGGGCCCAGAAAGUAAAUGAUAAAUGAUCUAAAUUGAUGGGUGUUUUGAAUUGAGGAAGUUGCAUCACAAUUUAGGAAACUUCUUUGCUCACCAGAAGUUGUCACGUGGCAUCAGGUGGUCUAUGCAAUUGGGAAACAUCCUGGACUACAUCAGGAUCAGCAAUGUGACACUUCACUCUCCCCCCAGCCAUUUGGCAGUCGUCAUGAUUUGGGGGGUGUGCAAGUUGAUGCAAUAUUCGACUCUCUCUGUCUCAUUGACCAUCUGGUUUGAAUGUUUGAUCUUGUGACUAGGGUUUCCAUCUCUCCAUAACUCCUAAAUGUGAACAGCAUGGCAGGAAAUAGUGAAGGUGCAGCCCCGCUUGUUGCGAUUGCUUAUUCGUGCCAAUGCGGUAAAAAAGGACCUCUACAUCAGAGGGAGCUAUAAAGAAACCCAUUUAGAGGAUGUCUUUCCGACUAUUCCUCACUGCCGAGACGCCUUCGAAGAGGUGGGAGUGCCCAUACUUUUAACGCGAACGAAUUGCAGACGCAAAAUUUCAAAGCAUUGUGAACGCAAUAAUCACUUGUUGGUGGUGAAUCGAUGCAACCUGUGCUCUUUUACAUGCCUUUUCAAAAGGACGGGAAAAUAAAUCCGCACGUGCAUUUCAAAGCCGACUGCCUUAAUAAUUUCCUGGGUUUAUUUUUGUGCCUUAAAAAAAAACGAAUCUGUGUAAUUAAUGUAGCUCUCCGAUUUGUUUUCGGGUUUUUGCUCGGUGGAGUGAAACGUCGGCCGUCGUGCCCGAACACACGCGCAGCACGACGCGAGAACGCAUCGGGGAGUUACGCAGCUUCCGCGAAAAAAUCCGACGGCAGUGUCCUACACAAUUUAUUUGUAAUUGUUUGCUGCAUUAAAACGUCGUGAGCAGAAGGAAAGGCCUCCUCUGCAUUGUGAAUUCACUGGCAAAUGUAUUGCGCUGUAAUGAUGGGUGUUGAUCGUUUUGAAGCUUUGAAGAAAUAUAUAUCACGCUGUCUGGUUUCAUUAUGAAAAUAAAGUAUUGAGUAAUUGG